AUGCCUAUGAGUUCUUUACCCGUAGAUUGUGUUACGAUAAUAUUAGAGAACUUACGAUAUGACCCUGGUUGUCUUUUUUCCUGUCUUUUGAUCAAUCGUAGUUGGUGUCGAGUAACCGUUCCGAUUUUGUGGAGUGAUCCUUUUAGUAUUUUUGGCGAAAAAUUCGGGCGAAACAUUAUAAGAAGUUAUCUUAUCUGUUUAGAUUACGAAAAUAAGUUAAAUUUAAUUAAAAAUGGAAUCAAUAUUUCCCUCUCCGAAAACCCGCUCUUUGGAUAUCAUAAAUACUUACAGUUUUUGGAAUAUGAAUUAUUAAAUCACUUGGUUCGGUCUUGGAUGAUAGAGAAUGAGCAUUUUAAGUAUUUUGACAUCACCCUUUAUGAAGAAAGCUCCGUUUCAAAACAUCAAUUUUGUCUAAUAAUGUCUAUAUUGUGCAAGCUUUUUAUGGAAAAUUGUUCAAUCAAGUCUUUUCGCUUGUCAAAAUCAUGGAGACAUCUUGAUAUACCUGAUAUAUCAAUGUUCUCAUCAGGCAAUCUUGGUUUGACUAAAACUCGUGAACUAGAAAUUUGUUUCACAGAGGAUGAAUCUAUAAUGCCAAAUACCGCAAAACUUUUAAGGCUUCUGUCUUCCUUGUGCACUGAGCUCCGUAGUUUAUCGAUAAUUUUACCAAUGACCACAGAAUUGAGAGAUAUGAGUGAAUUUUAUGAUUUGUUUAAGGCACAACGAAAUCUUAAAAGGUUUAAAUUAUGUUGGUCUCGUCAGAUUUUUGAUAAUUUUCUCAGAGUAAUGAAUUCUCAAGUUAAUCCUCAAAUUAAUACCACCUUGACCAGUCUUCAAUUACAUAGAAUUAAAUUGGAUAAUCUUUCUCUAGAUGCUUUAGAAUUCUGCAGUUGCCUAAAAACAUUCAAAAUCAUAAACCUUUGUGAGGAUCUUACAUUAACCCCACAAUGUCUUUCUUCCUCAUUUGUUUAUUUUUUCAAAUCUUUUUACUUUUGGUCAAAUUGUAAUAUGUCCGCUCAAUCAACCGCGGCUAUUAUUAAAAAAGCUGGUCGGUCAUUGCAAAAGUUACAUUUAGAUCUUAUCACAAGUGAUACAGUCGAUGCCAUUCUUAAUUAUUGUCCAAAUAUUUCUAUUUUGAAGAUUUACAACAAGGACGAUAAUGAUAAUAUUAAUCUUUGCAAGUUAUUGAGCGGUAUGAAAGGAAUGAAAUUGAAAAAACUUGACUUGGUUUUUAACUCUGCAUUUACAUCAAAACUUGGUCGGAUAUUACCACUUUCUUUGGAUUCUUUGACGCUCCUUGAUGUCAAUCCUACCUUUUACAAAUUUCUUGAAGAGUUUUUAAAUGGUAUCCAGGCUCAACUAUCAAGUUUAACAAUUUCGUUUCUCGGAAAGUGCUUACCUGAAAUUUUAAAAGUGAUUCGAGACUAUGUCAAGUCAAAGAAUGUAUUGAAAACUCUUAAUUUUACAUCACAUCCUCUUAGGUAUAUGUGUGAGAAAGAACUAAAUGACAUAUUGGUCAUGAAACAGGAGCUUCAUGAAAAUGUGAAUGUGUUGCUUGAUUAUUCCAAGGAUUAUUAUAAUCUUGAAAUGGCAGCAUAA